AUGCAACCAGAGUUAGUAUUACCGUUCUUUGAGAAGAAGCCUGGAUUGUGUGUAGCAUCGGCAGUAUUGGAGUACGUAGAGAUAACGAAAAAAUUAAGAGGAAAAGACACGGAAGAGUUAUUCGUUUCUACAAUGAAACCCUUUAAAGCAGUGUCAUCCCAAACAAUUGGACAUUGGGUAAAGUCGUUGCUCGGGAAGGCUGGUGUAGAUACCGAAAAGUUUACUGCAUACAGUACACGACACGCUGCGGUAUCAGCUGCGCACAAGCGCGGAAUGGACAUUUCAAUCAUAAGACGCAGCGCUGGUUGGACAGAAAGUUCGCAGACCUUUUUCAAGUUUUAUAAUAGACCGAUUGCGGCUUCGGAGGAACAGUUUGCCAAAGUUGUUUUAAAUUUAUAG